AUGGCCAGCUCAACUGCGUCGGCCAGAGCUUUAGAAAGCCCUGGGGUACGACGAGAACGGCUCAACAACAAUGGACAAUCUCAAGGACAGACGCUCAGUGUCACGGGUCUGCAUUUAGGUGAACAGUGUUUCGCUCAUGGACGGCUUUACCUAAGCUGCUCCAGUGUCGAGAUUCCUUUCUUUCUUUCUUUCUUUCUUUCUUUCUUUCUUUCUCGCUUCAUACUUUCUACCUCCUGCUUUUUGUCUGGAGUUACUUUCCAAUUCUUUCUUUCUUUCUUUUAUUUAACAUCUUCUCACCUUCUAUAUCACUUUCUUCGUUAUCUCUUCACGCCGCUUUAUUUCCUUUCUUUAUUUCCAUUUCCCUUUCUUUCUUUCUUUGUUUCUUUCUUUCGUUCUUUCUUUGUUUCUUUCUUUCUUUUUUUCGUUCUUUCUUUCUUUCUUUUUUUCGUUCUUUUUUCUUUCUUUCUUUCUUUCUUUUUUCUUUCUUUCUUUCUUUCUUUCUUUCUUUCUUUCUUUCUUUCUUUCUUUCUUUCUUUCUUUUCCAGCAUUAUAUUUUCUACCGCUUGCUUUUUGUCUGUCGUUAUUUUCCAAUUCUUCUACCUUUUAUUUAACUUCUCGUUUUCUAUUUCUUUUUCUUCCUUAUAUCUUCACUCUACUUUAUUUUCUUUCUUUCUUUCUUUCUUUCCUUUUGUUUUUUUCUUAACUUCCUUUCUUUCUGCCAUUCUCCUUUUCAUAUUUUCCGUAACUUCUUCCUCCUUUCCUUCUCUCUUUAUCUAUAUAUCUAUCAUCACUUUUUAUCUCUCUCCUUCUUUCUCGCUCUCUCUCUAUCUAUCUAUCUACCUAUCUAUCUAUCUACCUAUCUAUCUAUCUAUUCCAUUUAUCUAUCAUCACUUUAUACCUCUCACCCCUCAUUUCUCAUCUGCCUCAUUAUCUAUCUAUCUAUCUAUCUAUCUAUCUAUCUAUCUAUCUAUCUAUCUAUCUAUCUAUCUAAUAUUCUCCAUUAUCUAUCUAUCUAUCUAUCUAUCUAUCUAUCUAUCUAUCUAUCUAAAUAUAUCAUUGUCCAAGUUAAUAUGA